CUUUAUUUUUAUUUUUAUCAGAAGGAGAUAAGCGCUGUGCUAACAACGACAUAACCCGAAAGCGCUCAGACGACAAAAGAUUUCUUCAAUAUGAUCAUUUAAAGAUUAAACGAUGGCUUGUAGCAUUCUUAAAAAGUUAUACAACAGAGAAAUAAAGGGAACUAUUAAACAACAUAGAAGGCAGAGACAGUGUCAGUUCUUCAAUAAAAUCCCAACAAGAUUAUGCUUCAGAUUACCAUCCCUUGUUUCUGAGGAGGCACUUGAAGAAGGGCAUGUGUUUCUGGGUUUUACAAAAUGUGGCCAGUUUGUGGUGUCCUACACCUGUACUAUGGAUGCUGAUCACCAGUCGGUCCUUCCUGUGUGUACUUAUGAGUACAGACUACAAUGGUGGUGGUUUGUACCCAACCAGCCACUAAAAAAGGUGUCCGAGGUGAAGCUGUUUGGGGAGGAGGAGCUGACAGUGGACCUGUACAUCUCAUUCUGUGAGUGGCCCUCUGACCACACUAAGGUUCUGAUAUUUGGACACAGUCUCCCAAGCCAAACCCAAGAUGGAUGUUCCUCAUGUUACAUGACAAUAACAUCAGUACCUCCUCUACAGCAAUGUGAAUUUUGUCAAGUGAUAUCAUCAGAUGAAGAUAAAAAGCAGAAGCCAAUAAAAAUUCCAUGCAUGAAGCAUGCUUUUUCAGUUCAUACAAAGUUUGAGUUAACACCACCUUUCCCACCUUUUGGACCAAGAACACAAUUGAAAAUAGAUGGUGUUGUUGUGAUAAACACAGGGGAUUCCAUCGUAGCUCUGACAGUCAAUGUGGAUGGCUUUGAUGAAGAAGAAUCAACCUCCUCCAUAGCAUUAACAGAAGUUUCAGUUCUAAUUGACAAUCAAAACAAGGACCAGUAUUUGGAGAAUCCAAAACUAGAGAGUCUUAAGCAGUAUUCUAGAGGACCAGUUUCCCCCACAUUGUGUGACUGUCGCCGUAAAUAUUUGGAUGCCACACUUUGUCCUUCGCCACAUUCUAUGGAUUUAAUGGAUGAGAGUCAAAAGGAGAAUAUGGAUGGUGGCUUGUUAAAAGAGUACACUCGUCAGCGUUCUCCGAGAGGUAGCUUUGUGGAGGGGCCGAAAUUAUGCAAGCAUGCUGGGUCUCUAGUGCCUUCCUCCCAAGACUGGUUGGACAAUAUUCAUGUGAAUACAGAUACCUCACAAAAUGCAGAUGUGCUCACUCAAAAUAAUUCUGUGAUGCAAGAAGUUCAUGAAAGUGGAUCUCAAGUUCACACGAUUGACAAGGAUAAUUCUCCACUGGAAACUAUCAAGUGCCUUAGGUCACCCUCAAAGUGUGAUACCAGUGAGUUGUCCAGAUGUAACUCUGCUUUGACAAACAUGUCCCAGAAGUCCACCCCACCCAAUGAAGCUUCAGACAAUGCAAGAUGUCCCUCACCCACCCAGCCGGCUAACUGUCGAUCCCCAGGCCCAGUCAAGUCCCCUGGGCCCUUAUACAGCCCAGUAUGUAGCCCACUUCAGCCCAGUCCCAUGUGCAACAACUGUCUUUUUGGGAACAAAAAUCCGGCCCCUUCUCAGCGAUCUUUUUUCUCUCCCUCCAACAGUGGUACCAGUACCACUAGUACCAGUAAGAGUGCAGAGAGUGUGUACUUACAGGUCAACGAGACCAGGACGGUCACCUACACUGUCAGGAAGUUCUCCCACACCCUGCAGAGUGGAAAUCAAUCCCCCGGCAUUGUAGAAGAGGACUUUGAUCUUGCCUACAGAAGUAUACUGCCUCUAGAAGUGUAUGGUGACAAAGAUAAGCCAUUCUCUCCUGCUCAUUGCAGAGAGGCAUUGCAGGAAUGUGUUCGUGUGACCCAGAUGACAUUUGAUGUUGAGCAUUAUCUAGAGGAAGUCAUCGGCCAUUUUGCUGACUGGGGACACAGAUACAUUGCUUUCACUAACUAUGACCUGCAGAUCUUAGAUGUAUGUGCGGAAAGUACAACAGUGAUUGGGAAGGUGUUUGCACUCAUCCAUGCCAAAGAAGAAUCAGAUGCUAGUAGGAAAAUCAAACGCGGUAAAAAUGCCAUCAGAAGAUACCAGACUAGCUUCUGUUUUGCUUGGAAUCUUUCAACAGGAGGGUACGAGACUAAAUUCAUCGGUGAUUUGACAGAGGUUGACGAAGUGGAAAUAAGGAGGAUUGAAAACACUUGGAAGGAAUGGAAACCUGGCUUUAAAGAGUGUGCCAUGCUGAGGCGACAGAUGUACAUUCCACAGUCCACUCAACGCUACGUCAACGUUCUUUCCAACGAGUCUGUCAUUAAAGGAGAGUCACUGAAGUUCAUUAUAGCUCCUCAGCAUUAUGUUGCCCUCUUGAUCUGAUUUGAAGGAAGACCCAUAUUUUUAUUAGUUUCAUACUGAAACUUUUUAUCAUAAAAGUAAAUUGGAAGUACUUGUAUAGUGAAAUCAAAGGACUGUAAGUAAAUGAUAGUGUCACUUUUACACCCCCCCCCUUUAUCGAACAACAUUUUAAAAAGUCUCAGGUGCAAAUACAUGUUUGUAUACAUUACAUUUGUUUGUUCUUUUGUAGUAAAGUUUAGAUAAGAUAGAUUUUCUACCAAUUUUUCAUAUUUGUUUGCACUCAAUAGCGGUAAAUGACACUAGAAUUCCAAUCAGAAUGAUACAAAGAAAUUUUGCCUAACCAAAAUUUUCUGAAAUCAGUAUUGGGUAGGUAUGAUACAUUGUCACUUCUUUGAUGAAAAUAACAUUUGCUCAAACUUGCUGUUAAUAUUUUCUAGGGACAUUAAUAAAGAAUGAUUCGAAUAAGCAGUUUUAUGCUGAAAGGGCAGGACAAUGUCAUAAUUCUAGAUAAAGGGCAUUAAAUUCAAAUUAAGUCAUUAUUUUAAUCGGUCUGUAUUACUUUGCAAAGUAAACCUGAAUUAAAAAGUCAAGUAAAGAUGUUUUAGGGGCAGAUUUGCUGCCUUCAUUACUUACAGUCCUUUGAUUCCACUCAGUGAAUCUUGUGCUUUGUGUCAGGUAACAAUUUCAAUGGUUGUGUCAGUAUUAUUUGUAUACAUACAGUCUGAUCUUGAGGAAACAUGUCAAAUCAAUGGGUACAAUCCUUUAUUAACUUUCAUGUUAAACAAUUCUUAUGCAAAAAUGUGUUUUUACAUUUUUUAUGUAAUGGUUCCUAUGUGUUAUUGUUAUAUGCAAAAAUAUUAAAAGAUAAAAAUGA